GGUCCCAGUAUAAAAUCUAUCCAUGGUGCAACAUCCCACACUGUGCAGGCUCUGAGGGCACAACAACCAUGAAGGCUUUUCUCAUCGUGCUGCUGGCUGCAGUCCUGUGUGUUGAGCAAGCUUCCUCACUUUUUUGCUAUAUAUGUGAAAACGAACACUCCAACUGGAACUGUCUUAAAACAUACAAGUGUGACGAUAAUGAGAAAUACUGUAUGACAACAUACAGCUCUGCUGGACUUGGCAAGGACACAGGAUACCGCAUCACCAAGAAAUGUGUUGCAGACUGUCCUGAGACAAAUCUGAACUUCGGUGUGGCAUCCAUCUCCACCAAAUGCUGCAGCACUUCCCUCUGCAAUUUCAGUGGUGCCAACAGUGUGAAAAUCAGCUAUGCUGUGAUGGUACUGGGAAUUGUGGCCAGUUUUAUCUGUGUCAUCAGGGCAGGACUGUGAUGAGGCCAGGGUGGGGGGAGAGGAUUUGAUAUUCUGAGAACCUAAGUGUUCUUCCCCAAAUGAGAAACCAACAUGUUGUGUAUCAAAUGUUUCCACUGGAGUUAACGCCACCCCAUUUUUUCCGAGACAUUGCUUCAGAUCCUAUCCACAGAAAGGCACAACAGUGUGGCUUCUAUUUUUCUUCCGCUGUACGAUUUGUUGUUUUGUAUUAAUUUUCCCCUGGGAAAGCUCUUUUGAUAGCAUGUGUGUGACAAUAGCCAAAUAAAAUAAAGAUUUAUGUUA